CAUCAUUCCCCUCCUAAUCGAAUUUUCUUUUGUAAGAAUCUUGUUCAGAUAGGCAGACCAAACAAAGCAAGCCCCUUUAUACUUGUCUAGAUUACAUACCAAGGAAAAUCCUGCUCGUCCUCUGGAGCCACACCCUUCUGUCCUCUGAGUUAAAAUCAAUUUGCAUGCUGUACAGCUUCUGGAGUGGCCUUCCAAAAGGUUCAAUCUCCCAAUCAUUGAAAGCUCUUAUAAACUGUGGGAUCCAGACAUGAUCCCCAUUCUGGAACUGCACACAGUCAGCCACUUUUGCCUCCUUAUCAACUGCGACUGCAAAGAGUUCUGGGAAAUCAUCCUUCAACAAAUUGCUUCCACACCAGCAAUAAUCCUGGUUCCUUUCCCUACUUCAAAACUUGAUUUCCUUUCUAAAAAGACUGUAGCUCUUUUCUAUUCCUUUACAAACCAAACAACCAAACGACUGAUUUUUUUUUUCUCCUGGAUCCCACCCCUCGUUUUUUUGUACCAUACUUUGCUUGAACUACUCUUUUCCACAGACAACUCCCUUGUUGUUCAGACCUCCAGAACCACUUACCAAGCAAUUCUAAGUUUAAUUCUCUAAGUCUUCUUAUACCCAAUCUCCCAUUCUUCUUUUGUUUAAACACCUUUCCCUAGUGCACCAAAUGAACUUUUUUACCAUCCUUCCAGUCUCCAUAAGAAUUCUCCCAUUCUUCUCUCAAUUUGAGAGACCAUCCCUACUGGAUUGGUAAAGCGUUAAUAAGUAGACAGGUUGCUAAGAUGGAAAAACAACAGCUAUUAGUUGUGUUUACAAUUCUUGCUUGAUUUAUAUGGGAAUGGGAUGCAACAUUGCAAGGAAUGAAAAUCUUUCCACAAAAACAAUCUGAUCCAAUGCCAGUGCUUGUAUUCAUAGUGUUGGGUCUCUUUGCUGUGGCGACUUCUGCUGAAGAGGACCCACUGUUGCUAUCGGAUGCUUGUGGUCGAGAUAUAAGUACCCUUCUUCCUCCUCCUUAUAGCAAUUCUUCUUUCUUUACCUGCGCAUCUGUUUGGAAUACUUUCAUUUUGAGACAUUCUCAGAGCGAUAACAUCCUGACUAUUAUAGUAUCUGCUGUAUAUACUAGCGGGUGGAUUGGAUUGGGAUUUUCUAAGGAUGGAAUGAUGGUUGGUUCAAGUGCAAUGGUGGGUUGGAUUGAUGAAUUUGGUCGAGCAAUAUGCAAACAGUACUACCUGCAGGGCUUAACCCAAUCUGAAGUCAUACCAGACAAGGGAGAGUUGCAUCUUACUGAUGUUCCAACUGUUGCCAUUCUUCAUGGAGCCACCAUUUACGUGGGGUUUCAACUGAAGCUUGCAGGUCGUCUUUCUCGUCAACAAAUACUACUGGCUUUUGGUAGUGAAUAUCCAGUCCAGAACCAGCUAUGUCAUCAUGAUGAUAAAACAACCAUUGUAUUCGACUUCUCUGCAGGUUACAUGGCUAAUGCUCCCAUAAGCAUUGACGAUAUGAAAAAGAAUCAUGGAGCACUGGGCAUAAUUGCAUGGGGUGUGCUCCUUCCUGCUGGGGCAAUUGCUGCAAGAUAUUUUAGACACCUGGAUCCUAAUUGGUAUUAUGCUCAUAUCUUUAUUCAGUCAAUGGGAUUUAUUAUUGGACUUUCUGGAGUUUUGUCUGGGAUUCAACUACAUGGAAAAAUGCGUGUAGAUAUACCAAUACACAGAGGCAUUGGAUUAUUUCUUCUUCUGCUUACUAUGCUUCAGGUAAUGGCAUUCUUUCUACGCCCUAGUAAGGACAGCAAGUUUCGUAGAUGCUGGAAGUGCUACCAUCAUGUGGCUGGGAGGCUCAUUUUAUUCCUUGGAGCCCUGAAUAUUGCCCUGGGAAUUCAAGAUGGAAGUGCGGAUUAUUGCUGGAGCAUAGCCUAUGGGUUUAUUCUUGCAAUGGUUCUUAUCACAGUUAGUGUACUAGAAGUAUUACUGUGGACAAGAAGAUGUGAGAGAAAAACUGAACCUCCAGCCUCCAAAUGAAUUCAAUUUCGUAUGCAAUGAUCAUCGACUUAAAAGAGUCAUCUCCUUGUUUUGUUUUUCGCCUACAGUUUUACAUUUAUCACAGAUGAGCAUUUCUUAACGGUUUUACAUUGUUGAAAUAUACCAACAACUUCAGGUCGCCAUUAAUCUUGUGUUCAAAGAAAAAGUUAUCAAGAGAAAUUGU